AUGUCAGCUGUUGAAGAUGCUGUCAACUCAUUAGUAGCGUCACAAAACGCAUCAUUGUCUUCCGUAUCAGUGAAAGCUGUAGGAUCACAAAUAGGUUUAAUGACCGCCAUAUCUUUAGCUACUAUAUUAGGAUUCAGUUUUUUUAGACCAAGAGAAAAGAAAGUUUAUGCUCCAAAAAUAAAAUAUCAGUUGCCUGAACCAUCAGAUCCCUCAGAUGACCCAGAUUAUGAACCCCCACCCCCACCUAUAUCGAAUGGCUUCUUUGCCUGGUUUAGUCCUGUUAUAAGGUUGAAAGAGGAACAAAUGAUAUCGAAUAUCGGUCUGGAUGCGACUACUUUUUUGAGAUUUCUACGAAUGCUCAGAAAUAUCUUCUCUUGUAUUUCAGUCUUGGGUGUCGCUUUGUUAGUCUUGAAUAUCAUAUAUAACUUGAAAUACGUGAAUAGCCAGAAUAGAAAUGCUUUGAGUUUAUUGACUAUACAGAAUGUCAAGGGUGCUUGGAUGUGGCCUGCUUUAGCUGCUACUUAUCUGAUCAAUGCCAUAGUCAUGUACUUUGUUUGGAGGAAUUGGCAUGCAAUGAUCCUGCUUCGGACAAAGUGGUUCAGAUCUCCUGCAUACCAGACAAAGAUUUACUCCAGAACUCUGAUGGUCACUCAAGUAAGAAAAGAUUAUCGCAGCGACGAAGGUCUUGUAGCUUUGAUGGGAUUGCUCAAAGUGGAUGGUAUCAAGAUUGGCCCAGAGAUCGACUGCACUUCUAUUGGACGACGUCUUGAAGACUUCCCCGAGAUGGUUGAAGAUCAUAACAAAGCAGUUACAGAAAUCGAAGAACAUCUGGUGAAAUAUCUAAAAGGCGGAGUCACAGCCAAGACCCGACCUACCAUUCGGAAAGGCGCAUUCUUGGGAAUGUGUGGUGGAACAAAGAAGGACGCUAUUGAUUAUCAUGCCAAAGAGAUCAAGUUUCUUCGUGACAAAAUAGACGUCAAGAGACAAGCGAUUGAUUCUCUCUUGAGGAAAGAACGACAUGCUAGGAAGAAAGGACAGAACGCCCAGAGGAUUGAGGGUGAAAACUACGGAUUCGUCACCUUUAAAACCAUCGCUGAAGCUCAUCGAAUCGCUCGAGCUCAUCAAGGAAGGCUCAAGGAACUGCACGGCGCCCAGCUUCAACUUGCUCCUAUGCCCCAAGAUAUCGUUUGGCAAAACAUCUCGAAAGAUUCUGCAGAGAUCGGAUCUAGAAGGACAUUCGGAUUCAUCUUUAUUGGAACUAUCUGUUUCUUCUAUACCGUACCCCUGCUCGUUGUUUCUCUAUUGGCGAAUUUGAGUUCCUUGACAGUUUGGGUUGCAUUUUUAGAUACCUGGAAGAACGCUGGAGGAUGGGGUAAUUGGACUUUCUCCCUUGUUUCCGGUAUCUUGCCUUCUGUUAUCUCAGCAGGUUUUGGUUACUUCCUUCCUUACAUCAUGCGCCGAAUCAGUAAAUAUCAAGGCGCUACCACCCGCUCGCGGUUGGAUCGAGCAGUGACCGCCAGAUACUUCUUCUUCAUGAUCAUCUGUAAUUUAGUCAUCUAUUCGUUAUUGAGUGUAGUCUACACAGCUGUUGCCACAGUUAUCGUUCAGGUUGGCAAACAUCAGAGUGUGAAAGAGAUUUUCAAAAGCUUCGAAGAUAUCCCUGAUAAGAUCCAAGGUACAUAUGUUCAACAAUCUACUUAUUGGCUCACUUGGUUGCCACUUCGAGGAUUUUUGGUCAUUUUCGAACUAAUCCAAUUGAUUAAACUCGCCAUGGUAUCCUUACGGAGGUUCAUGUUCUCACAUACCCCCAGAAGUAUCAGAGAUAUGACUAAGCCUGGUUACUUUGAAUAUGCCAUCAUCAUUGUCAAUUUGUUGUUCGUCUGCGCGGUAGGAAUGAUAUACGCACCAUUGGCUCCAUUAGUUGCAAUCGGUGCUUGUGCUGUAUUCUGGUUUUCUUCCAUAGUAUACAAAUACCAACUGCUCUACGUCUAUAUAUCUCGAGCUGAAAGUGGUGGCCGGAUGUGGAACGUCUACGUCAACCGACUUUUGGCUUGCUGUGUCCUUAUGCAGCUUCUGAUGGUGUUGACCACCGGACUUAUUCGAUCGCGAUGGCUGGAUAGUGUGGCCGCUGCUCCUCCGGUUUUCAUCAUCAUCGGUUUCAAAAUUUACAUCUCCCGUACAAUCGAGAGCAAAUUCCGAUACUUCGAACCCACUCAACAAGAACUUGAGCAAGAAAGGAUAUACUCAAUGUCGGAAAAGAGGACAAGACAUUCCGAGAUGGAGAAAAGAUUCUUGCAUCCCGCUUUACAACAAGAUAAACUGUUCACUGUCAUGGUUCACAAAAGUCAAGAAGCCCUUGCUAGAGAAGUGCUCAGUGCAUAUCCAUGGUUCGCCGGCAAACAUGAGCAUGAUGGUGUGGUGAUCAAAGCUGUCAGAGAAGAAAAUCUCGAAUACGAUCCAAACAGAGAUGGACCUGCGGAUGUUGCUCAUCAAGCCGACUGGGAUGCAAGAUCAAUCGCAUCCACUGAAAUGCUUGGUGGAUUUGGAGGUGGUAAAAGCGAACUAUCGUCUACUGCACCUUCACCUGGAUUAAUGACAAAUGAAUACGGGCAAUACCCCUUACCCAACAUGGGAUCUACACAUAACUUACCUAUGGACAACCCUUCAACAGAUUACCUGUUAGCGCAAAGUCGAGAUCGAUCCGAAGAGUAUCAAUCGUUAGCCAAAUCACAACCCAAACGAUCGAAUAGUCGACCAUACCCGUUAAAUCACCGAAGUGGAAACUUGUCAGAAACUGAUAUAGUGGCAUCAUCACCUUUAUUGGAAAAUCAACAAUAUUCCUCCAUGUCAUAUGAUGUCCCACCUUAUUCAAAUGUACCUUAUCCACCUAGUGCUUAUACUCAACCACCAAUAGGAUACACACCACCGACAAUGAGAAGAACCGCUUCAGGUAAUUCAGAUUCUGACAUCGGGGUUGGGGUAGGACAGACAAGAUGGGAUCAAGGUGAUGAAGAUAGAUCCGAAAGAGGAUAUAAUCAACCUACUCAUUCAAGUGGACCAAGACCUUUACCGCAGAGAUCGUUCAGUAAUACAAGUCAAGAUCAAGAUCGAUAUGCACGAGGCUGGGAUAAUGGUAAUAACGAAAGAAGGAAUCAAGGUCAAGGUCAAGGGCAUGGUUGGUAA